UCGUGAAUGUAUCCAACCCAGCUUUAGGGUUGGAUGGGAUGUCUUGUAUUCGAGGGAUGCCUGAAGUGGAUUUAGAACUGAAAACGUGGCAGCGCCGUAGUUACCCCCCAAAAAAAAAAGAUGACGAAGGAGGAGGAAGAGGAGGAGGAGGAGGAGAAAGGAGGAGGAGGAGAGAAGAAGCAAAGGGAGGGGAGGAGGAGGAGGAGGAGGAGGAGGACGAGGAGGAGAGAUGGAGGACGGGGAAGGGGAGGAAGAGGAGAACCAGCGGGAGGAGAGGAGGAGGAGGAGGAGGAGGAGGAGGAGGACGAGAACGGAGGACGAGGAGGAGAGAUGGAGGACGAGGAAGGGGAGGAGGAGGACCAGCAAGAGGAGAGGAUGAGGAGGAGGAGGAGGAGGCAGUGAGGAUGAUGAAGGGGAGGUCGAUGGCAGCAGCUCCUCCCUCGCAGGGCAGCACGGUGGGACGGCAGCACGGCGGCAGCUCCUCGUCGAAAUGGCGAUGGCAGAAGCUCCUCCCUCGCAGGGCAGCACGGCGGGACAGCAGCACGGCGGCAGCUCCUCGUCGAAACGGCAACGGCAGUCCUCGCAAGAAUGGCCGUCGCUCCACACACCCACCCUAGAGGCCCAGCCACGCCCACGAACAGUGGAAACUACGAGAAACAGCAGGUUUCCAAAAUUCGAAACCUGGCGGUCCGGCCUUGAGCGCGGUCGC